AUGAAUGUGGACUUAAACUCCAAGAGCGCUAAAAAGCUAAAUAUAUACGAAUCAAGCGCCGGGCACUACACUACCGGCCGAUCGUUAAAGUACAAACUGAAAGAUGAGGACACGCUUGUUGAUCUGGAAGACUUACCACGUCUAAAGAGCGAUAUCGACAAGGACAAGUACAAAACGCCAGUCGGUUAUAAGUCCAAGGGAAGACCCAUUGCACCGGACGAAUUGCUCAAUGGUGUCUUCAAGGUCGAUCCCGGUGAACUGAAGUACCUGACGCGAGACGAAAUCAAGGAACACACGUCUGUGGAUCUGCCUUCUUCAGAACUGUUGAAAGCGUUGCAUUAUUAUUUCGUUGACCGCAUCCAACGGGAUAAAACCAUACCAGACACGCAGAAGGACCUCUUGUUCACGCGCUUCUGUGACGGAUCGGCGUUGUUGGCUAUGGGAGUCCUUGUUGAGAAGUGGAUUGGAGAUCUCGCCGACAAGGACAACGACACGUUCAAAUAUUACAUGGAGCUGGACCAGGUAGAGGAUCUGACAGAUAUACUGAAACGCAAGCGACGCGCCAACUACUAUCGCCGCAAGGGACACAGAAUCCAACCUGGGGCAGACACGAGUCGAUCGACGUGA